UCCAUUUUUUUAUCUAUUAUAUAAAUAAGUUAAUGUAAGCACCAGUUGCCAAUAAACUGAACAGUCUACAGUAAAUAACAAGCUUGUAAUUACAGAUGCCAUGAGUACUAGACCAGAAGUGGCUUUAAACAUAUUACAGUACUUAAUAAUGUAUCUGUAUUGUAAUACCUUACCCCUCUUCAUACAGGAAAAGACUAAAGUCAGCAUGCUUCAAAUUAGUUGCCAUAACUGGGAAGAACUCAUUGCAAUCACUGAUGCUCAAAACCCUUGAAGAACUAACAAUGAGUAAUCCCAUUCUAAGAAUGCCAGAAGAUGACAUGAUCUCAGAAUGCAAUUUUGAUAAUAAUUAAAAAAUUUAAAUAUCUGAAAGAGACAAAUGGAGUAAAAUCUACCUACCAUCUCACUCCUAUGACCUAUUUUGGUUCAUAGAUGGGUCCAAAACAUGAAAAUGUGGGAUAUGGUAUCCAUGAUAUUGGGCCAAUAGUCCACACAUCUUUAAACUUACAUAAGUAUGCCACAAUCUUUCAAGCAAAAAUUGUGGUCAUAAUAAGAUGUGUAGAAAAAAAUAAAUUUUUUCAUUACAUACAUAAUAAGAUAUUUCUUUACUCGGAUAAUCAAGCUAGUACUUGACUUACUGCUAUAAAAAUUGCAUAAUGUUAUUAAACAACUUGGGUAGUAGAAAUAACAUUAUCUUGAGAUGGAUCCCUGGUCACUCAAACAUUUAUGGAAAUGUAACAGCUGACCAAAUAACAAUGAAAGAGACAAAAACUGCCCAAAUAGGACUAAAACCUUACUGUGCUAUAUCUUGAAGUCCAAAGCUUAGACAUCUGAAACUAGAAAAUUCAAAAGCAGCAAAUACUGCUGGCUUUUAUUGCCAGGAUGAAACCACUUGAAAACCCUGACUACAGGGUUUCAAGAAAAUUACUCCAAGAAAUUGACUCUUACAAGGGCUCUCACUGGAUACUGCAAACUAAAUAUAGUCCAACUAGACUUAUGCCCAAAAACUGUUUGCAGGUUUUGUCAUGAUGAGGAAAAAAUGCCACAGCUGAUAAUUUGUAGCUGCAGGCCACUUAUAUACAAACAAUACAUCUCCUUUGGAAAGUAUACUUCAUAUUCUGAGGAGAUAAAUAAACAUCACUGCUAAGAACAUCUGUAGAUUUUUAUCACCAAUAGGAAUUAGCAGUGAACUUUAAAACAGGGUGGGAAAACUAAAUAGUUUUGGCCCAUUGGUGUCUAUACUUAAAACUGUUUGUCGAGAUAGUAUUGUGGGAAGAGCAUGUCGUGUUAUUGGUAAUCUAUCUCAGAGGACCACCAAUGCAGAGGCACUACACAAUCAUGGUGUUGUUACAGCACUUGUUACACUUAUUGAGAACAGAGAUAAAAACACAUCAUAUCCUACACUUACAAUGGCUGUCAGGGCUAUCAGACAACUGUGGAUGAUUGUAGACAAAAGAGAAGAAAUGCUCAGUGUAAAUGCUGUUCGUUGUGUUGCUAUAUUACUUACAACAGAAUGUGAAUCGGCUGGCAUUAUAAAAUCUACCAAUCCCAAUAGAGAAACUGAGGGCAUCAGAAAGAGUCAAGAAGAGUUGAUUGUUGGCAUUUUAAAAUGUUUAGGAUAUUUUACAACACAUGCAACUUUGCAGUGUGCAGAACAGAUUCAAGGUGAUGGUAGAGGUUACCAAUGCCUAGUUGCACUUACUAAGACAUAUGAGUCAACAGCAUUAAAGUGUCUCAUGAAUUUAUGUUACCUUUCACAAUGUAGACCGCUACUUGGCACUGCAGGCUUAGUGGAGUGUCUUGUUGGUAUAUUGCAGAAGAUUUCAGAGGUGACAUGGUGGCCGGAAGGUGGAGCUCGUGCCCUCGCCCAACUCAGUGGCGAGUCAGUGAACCGUUCUCGUCUACGACAUUGCGGCGGGCUGCCCUUGCUAGUAGCUGCGGCACGGGUUCAUCCGUCUGCCAUGCAUGCUCUUUUACAAUACGUUUUUGAUGACACAUCGUUUCAAAUUCUUGUCAAUGAAGGCCUUAUUAGUUUAUUAACUGAUGAAUUAACAAAAUAUCUGACUACAAUGAAUUAUGAACACAGCAAUAUGGAAAAUGCAGAGAUGUUGAGUGAAACUACUAAUUUACUAAAGGUAAAAGAGAAUACAGAGAACAGCAUAAAAUUGGAUAGUCCAUCGCAAGCGGGCAGUUCAGCUACUAAUAGCUCAGAAACUAAAGGCAGCCUGUUCAUGCGACGAAAAAGCCAAUUGCUAUCUAAAAAUGAAGACGAAUUAAAAGUAAUAAUUGAAAGAGAUAAUAUGAUUGUUGGGUUUGUUGAUGCUGUAGAUAGUGAUGCCUCUGAUGACAGUCAAAGCGAAGAUGAGACACCUGUGCUGCACCGCAAAUGUCUUAAGAGAGCGAGAUCCGGGAGUCCUAAACUGAAAUCACAAUUGAUUAAGAUGGCUAGUAAAGAUUGGUCUGCUGGUGUUUAUUGGGAGCCAAAGAGUCCUGAAUGGCCAUCUUCUACACAGCCAUCAGGAUCACGUGGCGCGUUGAGUCCAGAUAGAGGAGAUUACGGACCUCUUUCUCCAUAUUCAGAUGGAAAUCAGUCUGGUUUUAGUCCAGAAUAUCGGGGUUUUUCCAAUAAACGACCUAAGUGGGAUUGGAGUCCAGAGUCCGGAGUUAGUACCGGAGAAGGAAGUUCGGCGUCGCCAUAUUGGACCGAGUAUCAGUGGAGUCCAAGUAGCUCAGGCAGUCCAACUUCUCCUUUUAGUGUUAAUGAAGAUAGUUCUGAUUCGGAAAUAUCAGGUCGUUACUCUCCGGUGUGCAGUGAAACUGAGGGUGACGCAAUAGACUUAGCCGUCGCCAAGAACGUGGCCGCAGAACUAGAUGCCGCGCAGGUCGCCCAAGAUUUGGAUGAACUCAUAAUGGAUGAUGAUGAGAGCGUCGAUGAAGAGGUGCCUUUAGAAGAAGGUGCAAAUAAAACAGAUAUUAGUACAAAAUCGUCUCCCAUAGCUUGUGUACUGGUUCUAUUGUUUCGCGUAUCGCACGGUGCUUGUAACUACGGCGGCAUUCGUGAGGACCCAGUGCCAAACCAUACGCUAGAAUUGCUUACAGGAAAGGAGUGCUUGAAUGCAUUGCUCGAUUAUAUUGAAAGAUGCAAACGGCCAUUGGGUAGGGCAGCUCGUAUUUUAGCCAGGGUGUUAAGCAAUGCACUUUGUUUAAUGAGCAUAUUGAAACAUAGAUUAGCUCUUAGAUUACAUAACAUGUCAGUGAGUUCCAAGCAUCCGCCUUUUAAAUGUACACAAUGCAAACAAAUAGUAAGAUUAAGUGCAAAAUUAUUGGCUCAGCUGACGAUUCUUGCCGAAUCCAGUUAUGGUAUUGGAGAAAUUAGUUAUCAGCUACUAAAAGGGAGUUCUGCUAUGAAACAAACCCUUUCCCUUACACUGCCAUACAUUGUAAGAACCGAAAAGCCUUUGAAAAAAUAUUUCAUUGAUUGUAACGCGUUGAAUUUUCUAUUCGCAAAUAUUGCGGAAUCAAAAGAAGAUAUUAAAGAUUGUGUAACUGCAUUAGUAAAAUUGGCAACGAAUGUGCAAAUAAAAGAUCCAAAAACACUUGAAAAUCGAUUUAAAGAUAAACUUUGCGUUAGUUACGAUCCCAUACUGGACAAUUUGGCGGUGGACGAUAUAGUUACAUUCGAAUUAGACGACUCAUCAACCGUGAAGGCGAACAAAUUAUUUUUAUGUCAAAAUUCAGAAUAUUUUAGUGCUAUGCUGAUGGGUUGUUUUAAAGAAUCAGUAGAGAGUUGCGUCCGUUUAACUGAUGUAACAAAACCAGCUCUCGAAUACCUAUUUACACUUUUGCAUUGUGGGUUAAAUAAUUCUAAAAGCGAUGUACAAGUCUUCCCUAUGGCCGAAAACUUAGAAACUAACUUAGAAGUACUUUUAUUAGCUGAUAGAUAUUUAUUUGACAAGUUAAAAGAACUAUUGAGUAGUGCCAUAUUACAAUUUCAGUUAACUCCCGAAAAUGUUGACAAAAUUUAUAUAUGGUCACUGAGUAAAGGGAUGGGAUUCUUAUGCGUUGAGUCAGUUGCGUAUUUACUAACUGGAAAAAUGUGCGAGACAGUUCGUACACGGUCCUUCGAAACCAUACUCAAUUUAGAAUACAGAGAUCAGUGGUUGGAUGAUAUUAAGGGAAUGAUUCGAAGACAGCUAGUAAAAUAGAUAAUAUUGUACCAUCGGAUUUUAUUAGAAAUAUUCUUAUAUCGUUUUUCUGAGACUAUUUCAGAACAGAUUCAAUAAAUACGUAUUUAAAUGUGUAUUGAGUCCCACAUCACACAAUACUCAAAUGGAAUAUGUAUCAUAUAACUUGUCUAAGAUAGACAUUAGUAUAUGAGACUACAUUCCAUGUUCAGUAUUUUUUUUUACUACGAUGAUGAUAAGCAUACAGCCUGCUUAUGGACAUCCGCAACACCAACUGUGUUACAUGCGUACUGCCAAUCCUGAAGAAACCUCAAUACGAAUUAUGAAGAAUUGCAUGCUAUAGUCAUUCACAAUAAGAGCGUUCAUGAGAUGAAACUUUUCUAAUAUUGCACUAAACGCGAUCAUUUAGAUACUAAGUUUGGAGAGGAAAUUCCUUUAAAAACCAUAUUUAAAAGCGUAGUUUUAUUGUUUUGAAUCGCAUUUAAAUUUUAUUAAAGUGAAUUGUAAAUUCCAAUAUUAUGAAACUUACAUUUUUUACUUAGAUACGAGGUUUGUCCGGAAAGUACGUAUAAAAGUUUUUUAAAAAUUUUAUUUUACAAUUAUUCAGGUAAAUCAAUUUUAUCCCCUUCAAAGUACUCCCCCUGUGACAUAAUGCACUUGUGCCAACGCCGUUUCUACUGUGAGAAGGCUCCUUGAAAGUCCUCUGGUUGUAGGUUUCUCAGCUGCCCCGUCGUAGCUUUUUUUAUCUCAUUUAUGUCCCCCAAAUGCCGCCCCCGAAGUACCAAUUUGGUUUUUGGGAACAAGAAGAAGUCACACGGGGCCAAAUCCGGUGAAUAGGGGGGGUGUUCGGUCACCGUAAUGGAAUUUUUACUCAAAAACUCACGGACAACAAGAGAGGUGUGGGCAGGGGCAUUGUCGUGGUGAAGAAUCCAACGCCCCUCUCGCGCCAAUUCUGGACGAACUCGUGCCACACGAGCUUUGAGGCGUCUGAGCACAUCGACGUAGAAUUUUCCAUCAACUGUCUGGCCUGGAGGGACGAAUUCUUGAUGGACAAUCCCCCGAACAUCGAAAAAAACAAUCAACAUUGUCUUGACAUUUGAGCGGGAUUUUCUUGAUUUUUUUGUUCGUGGUUCCCCGGAUGUCUUCCACUCUUUGCUUUGGGAUUUUACUGUUCUGAGAUCGGCAAAA